AUGAUUGACGCAGGAGAAAUUGAUUUCGAUCCUCUAGAAACUCUCAAUGUUAUCACUGCUCCUAUGCCAAAACAUGACAAAGCAGUCAAUGCUGUUGACCAGGACUCUUAUGUUACUAACGUGAUGAGGCUGACUACUCCUCUCCCAGUUAUCAAGAAGAACUUGUUGCAAUCCGGUUUAUUUCCAGGUUGUGUUGAAGACUGUUACUACUGCUCGUCUCAGUCAAAUGGUUGUGUAAUGUUGAAGACUAGCAUUCAACGCUUGAUGGAUAAUCGAACGAUCUUGUUUGAAAGAAUGCCUUCUGUGGAAAAUUUGUGUGAAGAUCUAGCUCAGAAUUUGAAAUUCGAAGACGUGUCCGUGAUCUCUAAGACUCCUGUGAGAAUUCCUACCAAGGGUCCCAUAAGGAUCACUGCUGAGCCCAAGGUACCCUUGAUCAUUACCAAGCCUGGUCCAAUCCCGUACUCCUCUGACAAGGCUGUCCCCAGGAGUAAUGGCAAUGAUGUGUACAUCCAUGGUGUGAAACAAGAAGCCUUGAAUGAUGAGCCCGUCAAAGUUCCCAAUCCUAACAUUGACAAUAUCGUGGGGACCAGUAAGGUUACAAGAAGCGGAAGGAUUUUCUCCCCGGAAAUCUCUCCAGAUGCCAAUACCUCGACCCAAAUUCCUGUUACUGAAGAUGUCUCCCAAAAAGAAAUUGAUGAAAUUCUGAAGAUCAUCCGAAAGAGUGAUUAUGACGUGAUUGAACAGUUGGGGAACACUUCCUCCAAGAUAUCCAUGCUAUCAUUGUUAACUUGUUCUGAGGCUCAUGCUAAGGCUCUGAUGAAGUUUCUAAAAGCUGCGCACGUGCCACAAGAGAUUUUUGUUAAUCAAUUCGAGAACUGUGUUGCAAGCUUGACAACCAACAACUACCUGGGGUUUUCCAAUGAUGAUCUGACUCCCGCUGGGAAAAGUCACAAUAAAGCCUUGCACAUCUCCAUUAAGUGUAAGGGCACUACUCUGUCUCAUGUGCUGGUGGAUAACGGUUCCUCGUUGAAUGUGUUGCCUAAAAUGGUGCUUGAUAGACUUGAUUCUGAAGGGAUAAUGCUAAAACCCAGUGAUGUGGUGGCAAAGGCUUUCGAUGGGUCAAAGAGUACGGUCUAUGGAGAGGUUGAGCUCCAUAUUAGAGUAUGUUCUCAGACUUUCAACUCCUUGUUCUAUGUGAUGGAUAUUCAUCCCGCUUAUUCCUGCUUGCUUGGGCGUCCGUGGAUACAUGGGGCACGCGCUGUGACAUCUACUUUGCAUCAGAAGCUGAAGUACCCUGCAAAUGGCAAGAUCGUCACUGUACAUGGGGAAGAAGAAUAUGUGGUUGUCUCUGCUGCCAAGCACACCUCUACUGUUCCUAAAGUUACUAGGAUACCUUUGACAAUGGCUUCAUUGAUGGACGCCAGGGCUGUGGUUGAAGAAGGUGGUAUUACUUUUUGGGGCCAACUCAUUGACAUCCCCUAUAAGUUUGACAAGCUUAGGUUAGGAUGUACUACUGUAACUCAGAAAAGUAAUCAUCACACCCGUCCUGGAGGAUUAAUGUCUCACUUCAUCAGCAAGGGAGUCAAUGCUUUAGAAGAUGGUGAGAGCAACUGCAAUGUGGACAAGUGGAUCUUUCCUACACCUGACAAUGGGCUGAACAACUGGAACACUGAAGAUGUUAUCUCUAUCUCCUUCAACCAGGAAUUCACAUCCACUCUGGAUCCCAUUGAUAACGACUAUGCUAUUGCCAAAUAUGACUUUGAUAAUCCGAUCUACCUAGUUGAGGAUGAAGGCGAGGAAGAUUGUGAAGUGCCUAGAGAACUUGACAGACUGUUAGAGCAAGAAGAGACGACUAUACAGUCGUACGAAGAGCCGAUUGAAGUUGUGAAUCUUGGUACUGACGAAGAAAAGAAAUAA